AUGGUGAUCCCGGUGACGCUCAUCAACGACAUCAAAGCGGCCGUCGACCUGUCCAACCAGGCGAAUGUCGAGGAUGGCAAGAAGCAGUUCGCCAACGCCAUCCGACUCUACCGCAAGGCCAUGGAGUCGUACUUGAACGCGGCGCUGCUCAUACGCAACACGAGGUCGUGGAGAGGAAUUCCGGAGCUGAGAGGAUUCUUUGAGAUCGCCGUGCUCUCACAGGUGCUGCCUCCAUGGUGCACCGCUGCUGGAACUGUCAUUGCCGGCAAGAAGCUGAACUUCGACAAGGAUAUCCAGGGCAUUGACGCGACCAAGCUUGUCUUCACCCAGAUUCUGAAUGACCCGAAGGCAAAGUCCGCAUCGACGAUCCUACUUCACGGACCUCACGGAACGGGGAAGUCCUUCUUGGCAAAGUCCAUCUACGUCAAGUACCCCGAGAAGUCCAUCUUCAUCGUCGACAUCGACCAGCUUAUCAUCGGCGGCUUGUCUCACGACCCUGCUAAGAUGACACAGAUGCUCACGAGGAACUACAAGAAGCACAACACCGGAGUGCUGGUUCUGGACGGUCUGGACCAGCUGUACUUGGCGGAGUACCCGGACGCGAAGAAGCCCGUAGUGGAAGCCAUUAAGACAGAGCUGCAAAAAUACAUGAAGGAUUUGGCCGAUAAGAAGGAAUAUAAGGAGAUCGUUAUUGCGACGUCCUUCAUGCCUUGGCUCAUAACGGACGACAUGAAGGGAACGUUCCAGGCCAAGAUCAACAUUCCCAUUCCAGAUAGCGAGGACGCACGAAAGGCGAUCAUCAAGGCGGAGCUUGGAAAACUUCGAGUGCCCACGUACAAAGAUGGCGACAUCCAGAACCUGGCGAAAAACACGAAUCGCUUUUCUCGCUACCAGUUGCUGCGAAUCAUCCGGUACGCACUGGCGCGCAACUUCAACAACGUUGAAAACAUCCCCAUGAAGGAAGACGCCGAGCGGCUCAGCCACAUGGUCAAAGAAGACAUGGACAAGGUGAGCGCAAUCAUCAAGCCUGACCUCUCCGAAGAAGACGAGCCGAAGCACAAGGCGUUCAUUGCGGCGAAUCCCACGGCCAAUUAG